AUGUUGGGAAAGGUAGCUCUCGAGGAAGCCUUCGCGCUCCCCCGAUUCCAGGAGAAGACCAGAUGGUGGGCAUCUCUCUUCGCAACCGAUCCCGCGAAGCAUGCCGCUGAGAUCGGCGAUGUUGCCGAGACCCGUCUCAACUAUAUGGACAAGCACGGCGUUGGUCACACCGUCCUUUCCUACACAGCCCCUGGUGUCCAGGACAUCUGGGACCCCAAGGAUGCACAGGCUCUCGCAGUCGAGGUCAACGACUACAUUGCCGGGGCCGUCAAGGCUCACCCAGAUCGAUUCAGUGCUUUCGCCACUCUUUCGAUGCACAACCCCAAGGAGGCUGCUGCUGAGCUGAGACGUUGUGUGACGGAACUCGGCUUCAAGGGUGCUCUGGUCAAUGACACCCAGAGGGCAGGUCCCGACGGUGAUGACAUGGUCUUUUACGAUCAGCCAGAGUGGGAUGAGUUUUGGUCGACAGUGACCGAGCUGGACGUCCCCUUCUACCUUCACCCUAGAAACCCCACUGGCACCAUUCACGAGAAGCUGUGGGCUAAGCGCAGCUGGUUGAUCGGCCCGCCCCUGAGCUUCGCCCAGGGUGUCAGUCUGCACAUUCUCGGUAUGGUCACCAACGGUGUGUUUGACCGCCACCCCAAGUUGCAGAUCAUCAUCGGCCAUCUUGGUGAGCACCUGCCCUUCGACCUGUGGAGAAUCAACCACUGGUUUGAGGACGUCAAGAAGCCUCUCGGCCUAUCUUGCAAGCGCACCAUCCGCGAGUACUUUGCCGAUAACAUCUGGAUCACCACCAGUGGCCACUUUUCGACUGCCACCCUUCAGUACUGCCUCACUGAAGUCGGUGCGGACAGGAUACUGUUUUCCAUUGACUACCCCUUUGAGUCUUUCGGUGACGCUUGUGGCUGGUACGAUGAUUUGAAGCUGAACGAGGUAGACUUGAAGAAGAUUGGCAGGGAGAACGCAAAGAAGUUGCUCAAGCUCCCCGACUUCAAGGACUGCAACGCUUAA